CCUACAACUAUCACAGAGGCUCCAACAACCACAGUGGCACCUACAACUACAACAGCUGCUCCCACAACAACCACAGCUGCCCCUACAACUACCACAGAGGACAACAUAACAACCAAAAGCGCACAUACAACUACAUCUGAGGCUCCAACAACAACCCCAGCUGCACCUACAACAACCACAGUGGCACCUACAACUACAACAGACGCUCCAACAACAACAACAUCUUCUCCCACUACAACCACAGCUGCACCUACAACUACAACAGAGAAUCCGACAACUACAACGGCUGUUCCCACUAAGACCACAGCUGCACUUUCAACUACAACAGAGGCUUCAACAACAACAGCUUCUCCCACUACUACCAUAGCUGCUCCCAUUACUACCACAGCUGCAGCUACAACUACAACAGAGGCUUCAACAACAACCCCAGCUGCACCUACAACUACAACAGAGAAUCCAACAACAACGGCUGCUCCCACUACAACCACAGCUGCUCCAACUACAACCACAACUUCUCCCACUACGACCAUAGCUGCUCCAACUACAACCACAGCUCCCCGUAACACUACUAAAGAGAAUCCAACAGCAAUCAGUGCUUCUCCCACUACGACCACAGCUGCUCCAAGUACAACCACAGCUUCUCCCACUACAACCACAGCUGCACCUACAAAUUCCCCAACAACUACCACAGAGGCUCCAACGACAACAGCCGCUCCUAUUACAACAUUAACUGGAUCUAUAAUACCAACAGAGGCCUCAACUACAACCACAGCUUCUCCCACUACAACCACAGCUGCACCUACAACUACAACAGAGAAUCCGACAACAACAACGGCUGCUCCUACUAAGACCACAGCUGCACUUACAACUACAACAGAGGCUCCAACAUCAACAGCUUCUCCCACUACCAGCAUAGCUGCUCCCAUUAUUACCACAGCUGCAGCUACAACUACAACAGAGGCUUCAACAACAACCACAGCUGACCCUACAACUACCACAGAGUCUCCAACAGAGACAACAGCCGCUCCUACUACCACCACACCUAACCCAACAACUACAACAGAAGCUCCAACAACAUCCAACGAUUCUCCCACUACAACCACCUCUGUACCUACAACUACAACAGAUGCUCCAACAACAACAGCUACUCCCACUACAACCACCUCUGUACCUACAACUACAACAGAUGCUCCAACAACAACAGCUGCUCCCACUACAACAACAGCUUCGCCUACAACUAUCACAGAGGCUCCAACAACCACAGUGGCACCUACAACUACAACAGCUGCUCCCACAACAACCACAGCUGUCCCUAAAACUACCAAAGAGGAUCAAACAACAACCAAGAGUGCACUUACAGCUACAUCAGAGGCUCCAACAACAACCACAGCUGCACCUACAACUACAACAAAGGCUCAAACAACAACGGCUGCUCCCACUACAACCACAGCUGCUCCAACUACAAGCACAGUUUCUUCCACUACGACCACAGCUGCUCCCACAACAACCACAGCUACCCAUAGAGCUACAACAGAGGCUCCAACAACAACCACAGCUGCUCCCACUACAACCACAGCUAACCCAACAACCACAGCUGCAGCUAAAACUACAACAGAGGCUCCAACAAUAACCACAGCUGCUCCCACUACAACCACCUCUGUACCUACAACUACAACAGAUGCUCCAACAACAACAGCUGCUCCCACUACAACAACAGCUUCGCCU